AUGGCUGAUUUCGAAGACACGCUGAAGAAGUGUGAAAAGACCCUGGAGCCAUACGCUGAACAUCUCGUCGAUAAGAAGAUGACCGUCAAGAAGUUCAUCUUCACGAUCAGAUACAUCGGGAUGGAAAAGGAGAUCGAUGGGCUGAGGAAACAGAUCAGCGGCCAUUACCAAGCGCUGAACAUGUGCAUUUCCUUUCUGCAAUUGCGGCUACAUCUCGAGGCAACCAAGCAGACUCAGCGUCUUCUCGACGCUGCGCCGUCUCGUACAGUAAAUCUAGGCGGCCGCGCUUACUCCACAAACACUCUUAGUGUUCCAAGCAACCGCGCACCACUGGCACUCGCGUCUUCCGACGAACACCCGUUGUUCAGCGAAUGGAAAAUCUUUGAUCGAUGGCUGCAAAGUGAGGACGAACGUGUUGCUCAAGAAGCGGGACUAUCGCGGCCUCUUUCUCUGGGAGACACACCUGCUACGUUUUCUACUGGUGAUGUUCAGACAGCUGCUGUACUAUAUCAUCUGAGACGGCAGGUCGAUGACGCGAUUUUCAUCGAGGAGAAUCGCGCAAAGCGAGCUACGGCGGAGAAACGCUCACACUUGGUCCCAAGCGACGCGAUGAAGCAGCAGGUCCGCAACAUGCCACCAGCUCCAUUGCGAACCUAUACCCUCGAGACAGAUCACUCCGGGAACUUCACCAUGUUUGGCCAAGACAGCUUGACGGAUGGUGGGCUCGUUACGUCUGAGGUCUUGAUCCUGCUGUUUUACACGAGCGCAUUGGAAGAGGACGGGCACUGGGUCGAGGAGCCGCACUACGCAUUCGAAUGGCUCACGGAGUCGGUCUAUAAGAAAGACAGUGACAAGCUUACGCUUCUCUUCUCAAAAGACGCACCGCGUUGGGCGACUGAUAAGCUUUUCAAACGCCGCAAGUCAUCCACACAGACGGAUUCCGAAGCAGCGAAUCCGUCUCGCAAGAAACGCAACGACUCUAUGGAAAUGCUACGGUUUUCUCGAUCAGACAGCGUUACUUCAGGGUCGUUGAGCGGCUCGCCGAUUCCUUUGAAAGAUAUAUCGGGAGGUGGUGGUGGUUUCUCGAGGGCUGCUAAUCUGAAUCGGUUUGGGUAUUCGGCGUUAGAGAUCAAGUUCCAGAGCAGGAAGGACAGGAUGGCGUUCUUAGACAUCUGGAAACAGUACGUCAAGCCGCUGAGUGUGUCCUGA